CCAGCAGGGACAGAACCAGCUGCUGUCCAGCAGGAACCUCACUGCGCCACGAGCUCCCUGUCCCUCCAACUUCUUUGGGGCUGCAUUUUAUCCCAGUGUUGAGACUGCCCAGGGCGUCCCCUGCGCAGUCAUUGCUGGAAGCUGCCGAGGGCCCGUCCCCACCGGAGAUGCUGCUCCUGAGCUGCUCCUCCAAGCUGCGGCUGCUGGAGGGGACAUUGCGGAGGAGCCUGCCUGAGACUCUGCCGGUGGCAUCGGACGACUCUGAUUUCUACACCAACACGUAUGCAGUGCACUACCGGGACCUGAGCGCGUGCCGCACCCUGCUGGUCAGUGCUAUCAACUGGGACCAGGCCUUCCGCAUCCACGGGCUCCGUGACGGGCUGUACGAGGCCUCCAGGGAGAUCGCCCAGACCAAGGGGUCCCAGCUGGACGUGCACCGCUACUUCAUGUACUUCCACCCCGAUCCCAGCUCCAUGCCUGAGAUCCGGCUGGGCCCAGCUGUGAGGCUCUCGUCCCUGGAUGUCUCCCAUGUCGACCUGCUGAAUGAGACGUGGCGCUUUGGGGGGAACGAGAAGAGCAGGAAGUACCUGGCCAGCCUGAUUCGCCACUUCCCCAGUGCCUGCCUCCUGGAUGCCACCGGCCACCCUGUCAGCUGGGACACUUCAGAUGUGUUUGGUGCCCUGGGGGCUGCCUACACUCUGCCCCAGCACCGAGGGCGCGGCUACAACAGGGUGCUGACUAGCGUGAUGGCCAAGCGGCUCCAUUCACUAGGUUACCCCAUCUACGGCAACGUGGCUGUGGAGAACUUCCAGAUGCAGCGGUUGCAGGACCUACAGGGCUUCCAGCGCCUGCCCAGCCUGUUCUACCUCGUCCAAUGUAACACAGCACUGGAAAGAGCCACCAUGCAAACCCCCAGGGCAGAGGGCGAGUCCCAAGCCUAGCGGCCCAGGUCACUUGACAAGAGAGGGGUGGACAAGUCUGGGGAUCAUUGUUAGGCCAAGUGGAACCACUAACAUCUCCCACCUCCAGCCUCAAGGCCUUGUCCCUCUUCCAUAGCCCCGUACCCAGCUUUACAGGGUCUGUCCUUCUCUGCCCAGCACCAUAAGCUGCCCUCUAUGGUGGACACCUGCCCACAGACACACACAGCAUCUCCCUAUUCCACUUCCCCUGCCGGGCACCCCAGCAACAGCUCAAUGAUCUUCCAUCCUGUCAAGCUAAGUGUCCACCCGCAUCUACUCCUCCUCCCCUGCAUUCCCUGGGGCAACCUGUUCAGUGUAUUGCGCCUCCUGCUCCUCCAUCAUCCGUGUGUCACCCUCCCCUCACCCUGCCAGACACCUCACCUGAUCUCCUGCUCCACCCCUUCCCUCUCCAUGCCCUCUACCCCCCCCCCCCCCCCACAUCUCUGUCCGACGCAGCCUGCUCUCCUCAGCUCUUUUCCCCUCUCCUGGAUGGGACAAACACAGCAGCUUUAAAGAGGGUGAUAGGAUCUGUGCAAAAUCAGUCCCCAUUCAGCAACAUCCCGUUGAGCAGGGAGUUCUGGCCAUAAAGAUUGUAACACAGGAUCCAUGUGGUUGUUCCCCCUGGGUAGCAGCCAACCUGAGAGUGUUCCCUUAUCAAGGACAACCUGAAGGGACAGCCUGUCUCAGUAACUCAAGGGUUAAAUGCCUCCCUGAGAUGUUGAUUAUCCUCAAACCAAACUUCACAAACCCCCAGGACUCCUGAGCUGAGGUUGCAUCCAAAAGGGACCCAGACCUGCUCAAUCCAGCACCAGUCAGCCAAGGCACCCACAUCCCCUUUACUCCACCCCUGUCAUUGGGGGGUGGACUAGGAAACAUUUUGUGCUUUGUGAUCCCAGCUGAAAUUAAACCGAUUGUUGCAGACACCUUUGAGUGGGCAAGCAGGGCACCAGAAUCACAGCUAGGGCCACACAAGAGUUUCCCUUUUCUCCACCAGCUUCUGAAGUGAAAAUUUCCCUGAAAAGGGGCCGUUUGCUCCUAGAAAGUGUCAGCUUUGUGUGCAACCCCUGAAGGGCUGAAAGCCACAGUGGGCUGGAGGUGCGACCUGGUCUGGGGACUGGUGUCUGCAGCAACCAGGGUCAAGGCUUCCUUCUGAAAACUGACCAAUAACACUGCUUGGAACUGAUCCACCUCAUUAGAGUGUCACUAAAUAUCCUUCUUGUGGGAGCCUUUAUCUUCCUCCCUCCCAAGCACCAGGUGUGUAUGACACGAGCAGAGCUGCAUUAGAGGGGAAGGGGAAACCCUCAACCAGCACGGUAGCGGGAGGAGCUCGGCAGUGAGAGCUGAUCUUGCUCUAGUCGUCUCUAUAGUAGCCCAAUGUCUGUGACUC